AUGAAGGGCAGUUGGAGGAACCCCAGGCCCAACAUGGAAGGCCAGGGCCUCCAGAGCAGCCAAGGGCUCUGCUCCCUCGUCAGGAUGGGAGUCUCUCAGCUGAAGGCUGGCAGCUUCAUGAAGAUGCCAUCCUUGCACCUGCUGCUCUUCACAUCCAACACCUUCUCCGUGAUUGAGGACGAUGCCUUCAGCGGCCUGUCCUACCUGCAGUACCUGGACCUCCGUGGGAACCCAUUCCAGUGUGACUGCCGAGUACUCUGGCUGCUUCAGUGGGUGCCACCAGUGAAUGCCAGUGUGGGCCUGGGAGCCUGUGCAGGUCUGCUGCUGGCUUCGGCCUCCCAGAGGCCGGUGCUCUUCCAUUGGUUUGGUGGCCGCUUUGAGAGGCGCACAGACAUCCCAGAGGCCGAGGACGUCUAUGCCACCAAACACUUUCAGGCCGGUGGAGACGUGUUCCUGUGCCUGACUCGAUACAUUGGGGACUCCAUGGUCAUGCGCUGGGAUGGUUCCAUGUUCCGCCUGCUCCAGCAACUUCCGUCUCGAGGGGCCCACGUCUUCCAGCCGCUGCUGAUCGCCAGAGACCAGUUGGCCAUCCUCGGCAGCGACUUUGGCUUCAGCCAGGUCUUCCGCCUUGAGCCAGAUAAAGGGAUCCUGGAGCCACUGCAGGAGCUGGGACCCCCGGCCUUGGUGGCCCCCAGAGCCUUUGCCCAAGUCACCGUGGCGGGAAGGCGCUUUCUCUUCGCUGCGUGCUUCAAGGGCCCCACGCAGAUCUACCAGCACCACGAGUUGGAUCUCAGUGCCUGAGGCUCUGCAGCACCCUGGAAGUGGCUGUGGGGCUGGCAAGGGCUUCCUGCGACAUCUGGGUACCCUCUCGGGCCUGGCCUCCUGGCCGUCACAGUCAGUCCUGUGCGAUGCUAUCCAAAUCUAUCAGCCUGGGUCAGGCUUAGCCUACCGUUUGAAGGAUGGGCACCCUAGGGGCAAACGGGAGGAGGUCCCUCUGCUCCCAACAACGUUUGGGGCCCUGGCAGUCUGAAGCCACAUUUUG